UUCAAACACCAAGUAAUCUUAGUCCAUUGUUGAGAAAAUUCCAGCAAAAAUGGCUGAGGGAACAAGGCAACCUCUCCCAGGUGCUCAGGGCCAGCUGUUGCCACCUGAUGUUGAGAUGGAGCUUCAAGAAGAACUGCAGCCUGGACAGGUGGGGGAGGGGGGCAUUUAUCAGCAAGAAGUCCGUCUUCAUGGACAGGCAGGCCAACUAGUACCCCAGGCCGCAGGGCAAGCUUACCAGGCCCCACAACAGGUACAGCAUUUCCCUCAGCAGGCUGCUCCCAUGCUGUUCAACCCAGGACAGCAAGGGUAUGGGGCUCAAGCAGCCAUGUUUCCAAACCCUGGCUUCCCCAUGGCUCCCCAACCAGCUGGGCUGGUGCACUACAAUCUCCCUGUAGGCCAACCAGCUGCAAACAUUAUUGGGCAGCCGCCAGCUCUGCAGAUGUCCGUAGGUGCUUUUGGUGGCGCAAGCAUCAGGAUCCAGAGUCAGGCUCUUGCAGCAGGAGGGCUCGUAGCUGGAGCGUCUGCGGCAGCUGCGUUUGCAGCUAGCAAGGUUGCCGACUCAGCUGCAGGCGUGGUGGGAGCAGGACUGGCUGCAGGUGUGGCUACAGGAGUGACAACCCUGGCAGCGUUCUACCUGGGCAACAGGCAACAGACAGACGAGGCCAUCCGCAGGGUGGUGGAGAGAGAACGGCACAUCCAAGUAGAGAACAUAGAGCAAGGGUCGCUUCUCGUGCAUGUCAAGUUCCUUACACUGGCUGGCUACUGGGUCCUCCGCAGCUUCAAUGAGAAGAUCCACCAGGGGACUGACCGCACCUGUCUGCAGCUGCUGCUAGAGGAUGAACUGCGCAUGAUUGGCUGGACCGGACCAAUCCAAGUGGGGCUGGAGGGGUGGUGGUUUGCUGAUGAGGAAGGACAGGAAGAGGAACAGGAAGAAGCAGCAGGGACAGAGGAGGAAGAGGAGAGAUGGGAGUGGGCAGGAUGGCUGGAGAAACAGUCAGUACCACCCAGUGUGACUACGGCAGGAGACUCAGGCCUGCCUGAAGACGUGUCCUCUGUAGCAGCCAUGUCCAUCACUUCAGCUGGAGAGGUGGAAGAGGGGCCACUCAAGUGGCAGAGAGCCAGGCUACAGAAUCACAAGGACUCACCAACAGCACAACGUUACAUCAAGGCCUGCAGGUCAUUUGAGAAAGGAGCAGAAAUCCUGACCAGCAGUGGGUACACAGACCUGGGGGGAGUCAAGGCCUUGGUGCAGGGAUUCAUGCAAUAUGACAUAGUAUCACCGCAAAAUACACAUACAGUACUGUAUGGACAGUCAUGGCUGAACCUGAACAAAGCCCGACUGAAGCAGCUGAUGACCUCCCAGCUACAAGCUGACCCUACUGACAGCACCUGUCUGCUGCUGACGGCCCUACAGCUGCCACAUGGAGACAGCCGGGUGCAGGCCCUGCAGCAGGUGGUUGAUGCCAACCUUCAGCAUGGACCAGGAGAUUGGCUGUACCAACACAUGCACCGCAUCUACUGCUACCUGGGUGUGGCCAAAAGGUGGGCAAGCCAACUAACAGUUGAUCUGGCUGCUCUAGCCAAAGCCCUGUCUGCCAUGGCGAGUUCCCUUAUGUACAAACAGGACCAUUUGGAGACUGUGUACUCCACAGCCGCACUGUCUAAGGAAGUGUCUGAGACAGAAGCAAUCAGACAGUUUGAACACUUCCUCAGGCUGGCACCACAGUGUGAUCUCUAUGUGCCUCGUGCUCACUACCACCUGGCCACCCUGUACAACCAGCAGCAGGACAGACAGAAGGUGAUUCACCACUUCACCAGGGGGCAGGAGACAGAGGCCCUCAGGCUACCUGUGUUUACUAAAGUCCCCAGAUACAUCAAAGACCCUGCUAAAAAGGCAUACAAACAAGCCAUGACAUAAAAA